AUGCGAUGCGCGAGCAAGGCCGCCGAGAGCGCGUCUGCACGUCUCUGUGCGGACGCCGAAGCAGAAACCACAGCAACUGAUGUCCCAUCGGUUGCUGAAGCGACCCAGCCUGUGUCACUUGAGUAUGAGCUCGGAGUCUCAUACUCUCCUGAUACGGAAGAAGGAUCCGUAUCGACGGUGAUCGAAUCCAAGCCGCCUGCCAAGCGUGGCAUGGAUGAUGCUACGCGUCGUAGUAUCUGUGGUUCGUCUGACGAAUCAGACAAACCAUCGCCAAAGCGAAGGCGUUCGAGAUCGCAAGACUCGGGCGCCAAUAGUGGUGUCGGUUCUCCUAUUGACACCACUUCGCAACGAGGUGCCAGUUACUCUGUCGGCACGUCGCAGGAAGAGCGGGACCGCAAUGUCUUGCGUCUCGCUCCCGAGAAGAAGGCAAUGGAUGCCUCCUAA